CAGGGCCACGGUGCAUUUUGAAAAUGUCAACGUCUCCCCCUGUAAAUUCACGCUAACCUCGCAUUUCCGAUGACAAAAUGUGAUCAUGACGUUCAUCAUUGCCACAAUGGUGUGUAUAAAAAGAGGACCUCAAAACAUCUUCAAAAAUAAAAUUAUUACCCAUCAAAUCACUAUUCCUCCUCACUAGCUAAAUAUGCAAUUCACAACGUUCUCCGCUAUUGCCUCCGUGGCAACUGCUUUGGCAACAAUGACCAGCCAAGCAAAAGCUGCUCCUUCAGUCCUAGUCUGCCCAGAAGCAGAUCGCUUUGGAAUUUUCAACGUUACUGCUCCUUCAACGGUAGCUUAUGGAGACAAGCUCACAGUAAAUUACAUGCGAGACUGUAAAUCAGAUGAAGACAUCUAUCCAACAUCUUUAACGUUUGAUAUCGGAUAUGCUGAUCAACCAAUUCCACAAGCAUUUGUUCAAGUUAAUCGUCCAAAAGCCGUAGAUGGACACAAAGUCGGUAAAUUGUUGGAAUACACUACCACUCUUCCUGAUUUCACCUUAUCAGGCUUUUAUAAAGGCGAUCAAUUGACAUUUUUGGGCACAAUUCAAUACACUCAAAAAGGUCCACAUGGAGGCGAGGUGGACUAUUUGUACACAUUUGAACAACCAUUCACCUAUGACAGACCCAGCAAUUGAUCCAAGUACGAUUUCGUAUCCAUCAUCUAGUCUUUCCGUUACAUCACUAUUGUAUUUUAUUCGCUGUUUGAUCAUAUCUGCCUAAUACAUCAUUUUUACACAAGAAGC